AUGCGUGUGGCGAAGUGUCACUCUCUGGCCACGUGCAUCAACACAAUCGGAAGCUACAUGUGUCAGUGUCCGGAUGGAUAUUCAGGAGACGGCGUUAGCGAAUGUUACCACGACGUAAAGGAUAAAAUCUACGAUGUGCACUGCGAAAAGGAUGGAAUAACGCUGAUAUUCACGAAAAAGAUGACUGGCAAAAUUUACGUAAAGUCGCAGAGCGAAAAUCCAAAGUGUAGCAUGAACGUUAGUUCCAGUGAUCAGCCACCUUAUAAAUUCAAAGUAUUUUACGACUACUGUGACGUGCACAAGGAAGGAAAGGACACGCUGGCCGUCGUUGUCAUACGUCAACGUCACCCCUAUUUCAUCACACGCGGUGACAAUGCGAUUAAGGCAAUGUGCACUUAUCCUUCUGGAGAGACCGAAAUCGAGUCUUCGCUGGAGGUUGCUCGACUGACCACAGUUGAAUCACUUGUGCUAAACACACCUAAGGCGCAGUGCUCUUUGACGAUCGUUCAUCCGGAUUCUUUGCGACCGGCGAUCUCAGCCGAAGUCGGCGAAGUCUUGCGACUGCGUAUGUCGGUUCUUCCGUCAGACAUCUACGGUAAUUCGGCGAAGAACUGCGUAGCCUUGAAUAUGAAAACGGGUGAAUCUUACAACCUGACAGAUGAGCGUGGUUGCUCACUGGACCACGAGCUGUUUGGAGCAUGGAAGAAAGUUAACGACUCGGUGAUGACCGCAGAUUUUACGUCCUUCAAGUGGCCCGACGCUUCCUCAUUGCGGAUUCAAUGCGAUUGCACUGUUUGCUUCAACCGUUGUCCAGAGAUUCAGUGCAAUAAGAGGUACAAGUCAAAGAGGCACACACCGGCGAUUUCGGACGUUGCUGUUCAGCAGUCGCGUAACGUUCAUUCAAAUGUAUUGGUGGUUACCGACAAGUCAGACCUGACAGACGAGUUGCCAACCGACCCGCUGCUAUCCACAGGACUGGAAGCCGAAGUCGACGAUGGCACUUCAUCAGCAUGCGUUUCUGGAGUGUUGCUUGCGACUGUCAUUGGAGUCGUAGUAGUUGCGUUGUCAACGUUAGGCUCUCUGUGUAUUUAUAAGCAGUGCAUUUCUCCCAAUGGCCCUACGAAACGUGUUCCGUUUUACCAGUCGCGAUCGAUUCCCGGCUUGAACACGAACCCCUUCGAUUACCGGAAGUGCAGUGACAGAACUUCGAACUAUAAUCGAUGA